AUGAGUGAAUUAUGGGCGUUAUUCAACUUCAUGGACAGUAGCACAUUCAGUUCACUGAGUGAUUUCUUAGAGGAAUACAAAUUGAAUGACAUCAAAGAUGUAGAGAAGUUACAAGAAUUAUUGAAAACAUUAAUGUUACGUAGAAUGAAGGAGGAUGUUGAGACUACGAUUCCACAGAAAGAAGAGACCAUUAUUGAGGUAGAAUUGACGAUAGCACAGAAAAGAUAUUACAGGGCAAUACUGGAGAAAAACUUUGAGUUUCUAGUUGAUUCAGCUAAGAAGAAUGUUCCUAAUUUGAUCAAUGCAAUGAUGGAGCUUAGGAAAUGCUGCAUUCAUCCGUAUUUAUUGAAAGGAGCAGAAGAUGUCUGUAUAAGAGAGUACCUGAAGAGGAAGAGUAUCAGUGACAAUGAUUAUCAUAUCAACAAUGAUUUAUACUACCAGAUAUUGAUCAAUAGUUCUGGUAAGUUGGUACUGUUGGAUAAGUUACUGACUAAGUUACAGGGCAAACACAAAGUACUCAUUUUCAGUCAAAUGACAAAAUGCCUUGAUUUGUUGGGUGUCUAUUUGGAAUACAGAAAAUUCAAAUACGAAAGAAUUGAUGGAGGUGUAAGGGGUGAUUUGAGACAAGCAGCUAUAGAUAGGUUCUCAACAGAAGAUUCAUUUGUAUUCUUGUUGUGUACACGUGCUGGUGGAGUUGGAAUCAAUUUGACUGCUGCUGAUACCUGUGUGAUAUUUGACUCAGACUGGAAUCCACAGAAUGAUUUACAAGCACAGGCUCGCUGUCAUAGAAUAGGUCAGACGAA